AUGACACAAGUAUUUCUUACAGGCGCAAAUGGCUACAUAGGAGCUCAAAUUGCGAAGCACCUCAUUGACAAAGGUUAUGAAGUGAUUGGCAGUGUUAGGUCGGCUAAGAAAGGCGACAAGUUGAAGAGCCAUUUGGGUGCAAAUUUCACCUAUGAGGUCGUUCCUUCUUUUGUCGAAGAAGGAGCUUUUGAUGAGGCAUUGAAGAAGCAUCCAGAAGUGGUGGCAUUUUUGCAUUCUGCUUCUCCUGUCAUCUUUGAAUCAAGCGACCCCGAAAAUGAUGUGCUUUUGCCUGCGAUUCAGGGAACUCAAAAUGCUUUGAAAGCAGCGCAAAAGCACGGGCCGAACAUCCGAAAGUUCGUGUGCACAUCAUCUGUCUCUGCGAUGUUCCACUUAGGCAAGCAGACGCAUGUCACCGAAAAACUGUGGAAUCCCAUUACAUACGAAGCCGCUAAAACAGAGCCUAAUGGAUUGUACCAGGGUUCUAAAACUUUUGCUGAAAAGGCUGCUUGGGAAUUCAUUGAGUCAGAAAAACCCUCCUUCACAUUUACUACCAUCAACCCUGUGUAUGUUUUAGGUCCAUUGGCCUUUGAUGAAGAUGCCGCAACGAAUUCUUUCACUUCAACCUCGUCUAUCAUUCCCAAAAUUCUCAAUACCAAAAAGGGUGAGAAAUUACCGGAAUUCAUAGGUUCAGCAGUCGACAUAAGAGAUGUGGCCAAAUUGCACAUCGCUGCCAUAGAAAAUGACAAUCUUGCUGGAAAGAGAUUGAUGGCGCGCUCUGGUUAUUGGGACACUCAAAUUCUAUUGGAAGCUAUUCAAAAGAACUUCCCCGAGAUUGCAAGAGAUAUGCCUGAAGGAAAUCCAGGAAGCAGUGAGGAGGCCAAAAAGACAUAUUCGACUUUUGAUAACUCCGAAACCACUAAAUUAGUUGGAAUCGAAUGGAUUCCAGUUGAAAAGUCGUUUAAAGAUGAGAUUGCCCAAAUCCUUAGAACGAGAGGAUAG